AUGUACAUUUUCAUUGCAGCCUUGUUACUGAACUGUGUUCUUUUCAGCACUAAUAUCUACCCGAAGCUGUUGGUCGACUUUUUAUCUGAAUAACAGACCGUAUCUCAUCGAGCAUGUCUUGUUCAGUUUUACAUGUUUUAUACUUUAGGUGGUUCAGAGUUCUUACUGUUGGCAGCCAUGGCCUAUGACAGAUACUAUGUGUCUAUAUGUAAACCUCUGCAAUAUCAAACUGUCAUGAGAAGAAAAAUUGUUAUUAUUUUUCUGGCUUUAUCUUGGCUUGUUCCUCUGUGUUUGUUUGUGGGUUUAGUGGUACUGACUUCUAAUCAGAAAAUCUGUAGCUUUACUCUGAAAGUCAUUUUUUGUAAUAACUCCAUUUACAACCUAUUCUGUGUGCCUUCAAGAGGAGUAUCUAUUUUUGUAAAUGUUGUGGUGCUUCCUGUUCUCUUCAUACUUUUCACAUACAGCAGGAUAUUUAUAAUAUGUUUCCACAGUGGUGGAGAAGUCAGGAGCAAAGCUGCACAGACCUGUAGUGAUGGCCGUUUGACACCCAAGGCUCUGACACAUGCGCGGUAG